UCCCUUUAGACUUUAUUAUCUUCUUUUCCCCCCACUGAGAGCAUACCUCUUAGCUGCAAGACAUUUUUUAAGUCUAUGCAGGACUUCGGGGAUUUGGUGAUCUUGCCGGGGAAAAUUGAUCAUUGCUAAUGCCAGGGACUCACAUUGUGCUAAAUUAGCUACCAGAGUAAAGCCCGGCGGAGGAGGAAGGCUUUUAUCAUAGACUCUUCUCUCCAGUUUCAACACAUUUGCUUGAAAUUUGCCGCAUGAUGCUGUCCAGGGAAGCAGCCUUUUUUCUUGGGAUGCAGCAAUUCGCUGGUUUCUAAGCUUAUUGCAGAAGAAAUAAUCUUAAAAAAAAAAAUACAUAUAAAAAACAAAAGCAGAGUGGAUUUUCCUUCCCGGCUGGAUUCGACUGAACUGUGUUUUGGGCACCGCGGUCAAGAUCACCUGUCACCAAAUUCUUGGGAGGAAGUAAAAACAAAGUGAAUUCUCAUUAUUAUUUAUUUAUCUAUCUAUUUUUUAACGGGUGGAGGCUUCCCGUGAUCACGGAGAAUGAGACUGAGAGAAGCUGCCAAGGCUUGGAGGAGGAUAAAGCUGAGUUUAGGCUGGAAACUAAAAGACUAGAUUGUUUGGGGGUGCAACUUGCCCGGGUCCUCCUCUCCACUUCGUCUAGUUUCGCUCCAUGGACAGAUCCACCAACCUGGACAUUGAGGAGCUCAAGAUGACACGAGAACAAUACAUACUAGCAACACAACAGAAUAACCUGCCAAGGGCUGAGAAUGCACAACUGUACCCAGUAGGAAUUUAUGGAUGGCGAAAGAGGUGCUUAUACUUCUUUGUCCUUCUGCUGUUGGUUACCAUGAUAGUUAAUUUAGCCAUGACAAUUUGGAUUUUGAAAGUUAUGAACUUCACUGUGGAUGGUAUGGGAAAUCUGAGAGUCACCAAGAAGGGAGUCCGACUUGAAGGUAUAUCUGAGUUUCUACUUCCAUUGUAUGUGAAAGAAAUUCAUUCCCGAAAGGAUAGUCCACUGAUCUUACAAUCUGACAGGAAUGUAACCAUGAAUGCAAGAAAUCACAUGGGGCAAUUAACUGGACAGUUGACAGUAGGAGCUGACUCAGUGGAAGCUCAGUGUAAAAGAUUUGAAGUGAGAGCAAGUGAUGAUGGCAGGGUGCUGUUUUCAGCAGAUGAAGAAGAGAUCACCAUUGGUGCUGAAAAGCUGAAGGUCACAGGCACUGAAGGAGCAGUAUUUGGACACUCAGUGGAGACACCUCACAUUAGAGCAGAACCUUCUCAAGACCUCAGACUUGAAUCACCUACUAGGUCCUUGAUAAUGGAAGCUCCACGGGGUGUCCAAGUGAGUGCAGUGGCAGGAGAGUUCAAGGCAUCUUGCAGGAAGGAGCUCCAUUUACAGUCCACAGAAGGGGAGAUAUUUUUGAAUGCGGAUACAAUCCGGCUGGGAAAUCUACCAACUGGCUCUUUUUCAUCUUCAUCCAGCUCCUCAAAUACUCGACAGACAGUAUAUGAACUGUGUGUCUGCCCCAACGGCAAACUUUACCUUUCUCCUGCAGGAGUAGGUUCGACAUGUCAGUCCAGUAGCAACAUAUGCCUGUGGAGCUGAAGUGACUGAUUUCUCCUCACACCAGAAAAGCCUUUUGUUACUGUCCGUCUGCUUCACAGUUCUGCUCGGUUUCCCUUGUGAUCAGUCCAGAGCUUCUUCAAAUGGUCCACGGAGCAACUUUUUCUAAGUGUAAGCAGAGAUUCAUCGCCACUUCUCUUAUAUACUGUACCACUUAAGACAGAGCAUGUGAGUGACAGCAGUGGAAGAAAAUCUUCAGCAGGAAAACUGGAUCAUAACUCGUGCUCAAAAGGGAGAAUAAUAUAGGUGCCUUUGCUACAUGAAGUGAAGCACACAGUUUUAGAUUUUUGCAGGACCUGGAUUUGAACUGCACAUAUAUACAUUACAUAGAUGAAAAUCCCAGUAUCCAAUGGCAAGAUGAAAUGGUUAACUCUGUAAGAAAACUAAUUCUACAGUCUGAAAGCACAAUUUUCCAUUCAUCUUUUUGGAUGUAAACUUUUAUCCCCGAAUUUUAAAAUUUUGAAGCAUUAUGUAAUGCUUGCUUUACUAAAAUUUCAAUUCAAUACAUGGUUUUUAACUAAACAAAACAAAAUA